AUAGUUUUUAUAUAUUUUGCGUGCGAAUAACAUCAAAUGUUGUUAUUCCAAAAUGUGCAGAAUCGCUUAUCUGGACUGUAUGUUGACGUUGCGUUAUUCCGCAUAAAAAUAUCGUUCAUAUGACAUAAUAAAUAAGCGCUAAAUGCUAUUAGAUUUUAUGUAAACGUGGUAUACACAACUGCUUGGACAACACUUUACAGUGUACUAAUACAAUCUUUGGUGCUCAAUUUAAAUUAUGCAUGUACGCAUAAUAAACACGGAACAUUUUUCACUGCUAUAAUAUUUGAAUUGUUCAAGUCUUCUUUUACGUCCGAAACAUAUGUAUUGUGUUAGUCCUCUCUUUUAUUGUCAAUUACAUACAUAUAACUUGUUAAUAUUUUUUUAUUUUGCAAACGCGGUUGCCUGCCUGCGAUUCUGAACGCUUGCCUUUACUGUGCGAUGAUUUUGUGUCGUCUCCAUCUUACAAAGAUAUUUUAAUCAGUGAAGAGAUAUAUAUUAAUAAUACUUCGAGGCUAAUAAAUGGAGAAGCAAAUUCCAGUUUUCAAUAAAAUUCCGUUUCGAUGCCAAUUUUUAAGCGUGGCUCAUCAGAGCUGCAGAUUGUCUCCAGUUAAUUUGAUAGAGCCCAGAUAGCCAAUUGUCUGUGAUUAUUACUAUCACGUUGCCAACAAUUGUAUUAUUAUUGGCAAGAAUGCUAUAUGACAACAAUAUGAUUAAUUAUAUUAAUUAAUAUGACAGCAAUUGAUUAAUCACCCUUAUUUGGUUAUCUGAGAGUGUAGCGCUGUAGGCGUAUGUCAAAAGAUAGUGGGGACACCGCACAAGUAAUAUAUAUAUGUAGCAUACUAUGUUAGCAUUCUAAUGUCUUAUUAGUCGUUUCUGCAUAACACGUCUUAUAGUCACAGACGUCUAUCUUGCAUUUUAAGAAAUGACAAUUCUACGAUUGUCGAUUUUCGGGCAGAUAUUCGUGAAUCGGUGCAUCGGAAAAUAUGCCGUCAGUGCAUUGCCAAAAAUUCGCCUCGAAAAUUUGGUAAAACAUCGAAGUUACGCGACCGCGAUCAAGUUAAAAGUGGAUUCGCAGAAUGUAGUGAGCAGCGGAUUGCCCGAUAUAAGCGGUUUCGAAAAUGUUUACUUGCACGACUUGAUUUGGGAGAAGAUGGAGAGAUGGUCGAAUCAUACUGCUCUGAUUUGUUUAGAUACUGGGAGAUCGUAUACAUACAGUCAAUUAAGAAAAGCAUGCGGCAGACUAGCAACGAGUUUGAGAAAAAGCAAACUUCUACCGGGAGAUACCAUCGCCGUUGUUUUGCCAAAUAUUCCAGAAUUUGCCAUCAUACUACUAGCGGCAAACGAAGCCGGUUUAUGCACAACGCUAAUUAAUCCCGCGUAUACAACGUACGAGAUAAAAAAGCAAGUGGAAAAUACGGAUGCUCAGGCAAUUUUCACAUUUCCGGCCAAAUAUGCUGAUAUCAACACAAGUAUAGAGAACAAUUCGAAGAUAAAAUUACCUAUCGUUAUCGUAAACGACGGCAGUGGCACUGCCUCGAUCGCGAAAACCAUCAAAUUCGACGAUCUCAUACGCGAUGACAUCGAGGAAUUUUCAGUCAGUCAGAAAAUCAACGUCAAUUAUGAAGAUACGGUACUCAUGCCUUAUUCCAGCGGUACGACUGGUCUACCAAAAAGUAUUGAGACGAGCCAUAGGAAUAUUGUGGCAAAUAUUCUUCAAAGUUCGUUUCCGAUAAUCUUCCCCGGAAUGGAAGCGACUGAACAUCAUCAGGAUAUUGUACCGGUAAUAUUACCAAUGUAUCACGCUUACGGAUUAACAGUCGUUAUGUACUGCUAUUUGCGGAUAGGUGCUAAGCUCGUAUGCAUACCGCAAUUUUCCAUGAAUAAAUUCAUAAAACUGCUGGAAGAUCAUCGAUGCACGGUACUACAUAUGGUACCACCGAUUAUACAGAUGAUGGCGUACAAUGAACGGAUAACGUCGCGUCACGUUGCAUCUGUAAAGGUAAUACAAUCAGGAGCUGCGCCCCUCGGAGAAGAAUCUAUCGCCAAGUUUCAAAGUCGCGUCAGUAAUAGGGCUACUUUCGUUCAAGGAUACGGCGCGUCAGAAUUAUCGCCGAUUGCUACGACUAGUGUAGACGCACCACCAACAUCAUGCGGUUAUUUGGUUCCAAACACACAAAUGAGAAUUGUAGGCACGCGACAGGAUAAUCUCGGCAAAAAUUUAAUUCCACACGAAGUGGGAGAGAUAUACAUACGAGGUCCGCAAGUAAUGAAGGGAUAUUACAAAAAUCCCCAGGCUACGGCGGAUACUAUGGAUGGAGACUGGUAUAAGACUGGCGAUCUAGGAUAUUACACCGAACAAGGCUUGUACGUGGAAGGACGAUUAAAGGAGAUAAUAAAGGUAAAAGGAUUUCAAGUCGCGCCCAUCGAACUAGAAGAAGUAAUUCGCGGUCACGACAAAAUACUAGACGUCGCUGUCAUUGGUGUCGCACACGACAAAUACGGCGAAAUUCCAAAAGCCUUUGUGGUUCCUAAGAUGGGAGUAAAAAUUUGCGAAAACGAAAUCAAAGAAUACGUAGCUAAACAUGUAGCCAAAUUUAAGCAGUUGGGAUAUGUACAAAUCAUAAAAAGUAUACCAAAAACUGCAUCUGGAAAGAUUCUUCGAAGAGAGCUUGAAAAGUUGUAACACAUUCUUCAAAUAUCAAAUUUCAUAUUC